AGAACAGGAGCAAGAGAAAAACGCUUAAAACAAUUUCCAUUUUCCCCAAAAGAUUUCUUGUUUUUCUUCGUCUUCGUCUUCCCCGCAGAGAAAUGUUUCCCUUCGAGUGACCUUGAAAGCAGCAGUCUUCAUUGAUUGCAUGCGACGAUUAUUCAAUGGCUACAAAUGGUGGAACCGAAGAACAUUUCUCUGAGUUAAGCAAAACCCUAAAAGAAGGCGAGCGUCUUGUGGCCCCUACAAGGAGACCCGACGGUACUCUCCGAAAACCUAUUCGGAUUAGGGCAGGUUAUGUCCCUCAAGAUGAAGUUGCAAUUUACCAGUCCAAAGGUGCUCUGUUGAGAAAAGGGUUGGACACGCCGGAGGUUCCUCCGGGUUAUGAUUCUGUCUUGGAUGCUAAGCCGAAGUCAAAGUCUGCUCGAAGGAAUGAAAAAAAGAAGGAGAAGAAACAACAGGCUGCUGUAGAGAAGGAGGAGGACUUGGACUCGAAGACCACUGGAAAGGUGCCUUCUGCUGAAGAUGCGGGUCACAGAUCUGAAGCUGUUGAAGCAGUAGCACAUCAAAUGAACACACUAGCUGUUUUAGAAGCUCCCCCUGUUGUUGCUCCUUCCCCAGACCCGACUGAGAGCUCAAGUACUUGGGGCCCUGGUCCAGAUCUUUCUAAGAGAAUUAGAGCACUCAAAAAGAAGAUCCGUCUCACAGAAGCUCAAUUGCAGAAGACUGAGCAAAAUGAUAUGAAGCCAGAGCAAUUAGAAAAGGUGGCAAAAUAUGAAAGCUGGUGUGAGGAGCUAAAACUUCUGGAGGAUAAAAAGGCAGAGUUGGCCACACCGUGAGGUGAGGUUUGUGUCCGUGUGAAGAAAUUGUGCAGUAUUUAUUUCAUGAUUGGGUUCCAAUCCUUGAUCUUCAUGGUGGGAAAUGCUUCUCUCAAAUUUAGUUCUAACAAGGAGACCCUUAAGAUCUGAUUCAACAAAAAUUUCAAUGCUUGUGGUUCAAUCUGUUUUUUUGUUUUUGUUUUUGUUUUGGGUAGUGUUUAUGAACUCUGCUUCUUUACCAUCCAUGUUUCCCGUAUCCAUCCCAUUCUAUAUUAUGCAUGAUUGCCUUUUCAUGUUUUACAAAGCCUUCUGAUGUAGUAUAUGUUAACGAACCCAUCUGUGACCCUGCUAAAUGGUCCUAAGAUAUAUGACUGCGUGAAGUAAAAAAACCCAUAAAUAGAGGGUGGGGAAAAGCACAUAAAUAAUUU